AUGUCAGACGACGCCCACAAGUGUGACGCGCACCUCAGCACGGUGGUGUUGUCGCCUGAUGCGUCGCCAGGCGGAGAGGCGGCAGAGGCGCACGUGACACCCACGCCGGCUGACGACGAAGAACUCUCUCUCGUCGAUCUACUUCUGCGGGCCUCCGAGACAAUUCGUGCGGAGCGGGCGCGGGCGGACGCCGUUGAAUACGAAAACGGCAUCUUGCGAGCUCAGCUUGACGGGGUGCGGGCAGCCUACCACCGCGCAACCGCGCAGCACGGUAUCUCCGACGAGCUGUUGAGGUACGUGGAGAGAUACGUCGUACCAGAGGAGGUGGGCACCCGGUCUCCGCGUGCUGCCAGCGGCAACGAACCCCCGCCACGUCACCGCAGUUGCAGCAAGACAGCGGUUGCAGCCCACGCCGGUUCAUCCGCGUCCUCAGUCGCUCGUGCACCCUCGCGUGCCUCCGUCACGGCGACAACGCAAAGCUACAGAAAAGGAUGGGAGGCCACUGCUGCAGCCUCGCCGCCGGUCGAAGCGGAGACAGGGAGGGAGCCCACGCCCGCAUCGUUCUCGCGACCACGCCAGGCACCAACGGCAGCAGCGGACGUGGCGGACUCGCCAGAGACGUCUCCUCGUACGUUGCCCCUUCACGACGACAGCAAAGAAAACCGUCAGCAACAAAGGGGCAGCCAGCCCAGCAUUUCCGUGCAGACCAUGGCGUGUCGCCUGCGCCGUGCCCUCGCCCCGCGUCCUACGGAGACGGUAGUGGACGACAUAAUCCACUCGAUGGUGACUGCCCUGCAGAGAGACGUGCAGGCGAAACUGGAGGACCAGUGCGUCAGCGCACCGCCGAGUCGACUGCGCGGAUUUGCGUUGGUGCGGGUGCGGCCGUGCGUGUACCGAAUUCUCUCGGGACCUCCCGCGGAGGUGAAGGCCAUCGCACGCAGCCGCGGUGCGGAUGGAACGGCCGCCCUGCGAAGCAGCACUUCUCCCCUCACCGCCUUCCCGUUCCGUCUUAAUUAUCUUCCGCACCAGGCAUCAAGGGGCCAUCAGAAAACUCUAUCGUCGCUCGCAGAGACGCAGCCGCAGGUGCGUUCGGUGGUGGUGCACCUAGCCGUUGACAGCGGGGCCUUGCGUGUUGUGCGUGGUGGUGGCCAUGUGGACUUCGUCGAGUUUCUGGAGAGAUUCCUCCGCAUUAAACUCGGGGGACCAUAA